ACUUUCAUAAUGGUAUGGUCAGUUAUUGAUGUGUUUAAAGUGGCGAUUUAUUUGCUUUGACCAGGAAUAUUGAGUCAUAUGUAUUAAAAAUUAAAAAUGAAUAUAGAGUAAAAUAAAAACGGAUUUUUUUUGUGAAUCAGGACAGGAUCUAAUAUAAUUACCACUCUCUUGGUCCCGGGCAGCAACCUCGUUAAUCAUGGAGAAGAAGUGGAAACUUGUGCUUAUUAUCAUUGUGGUGAUUUUGGUAUUUCUGACGAUCGGUUCACGCAUGCUGUCCGUUCAGGAAUCAACAUUAAGUGAACCUAUUCCAGCUGAAUCUACACAUUCACAAUAUCAGAGACCUAGUCAUGAAGAGGUCAAAGCUGUUUUCAAACAAGGUACAAAAGAGAAAAUAUCUACUGCGGCUAGAUUAAUACACAAAGCUAAUAAACAUGUCCGAGGGUCAAAAACAUCCGGUUAUCUUAAGGACGCAUUAUAUGUGAUGAAACUUAUUAUGAAAGAGAUGGCUAUUGACGAAAAAGCUUUAUUUGAAAGGUCUAGUGUAAAAUCUAAAAGUGUUUGCCCAGAAUCUUAUAUGGGCGGUGCAUUUGGUUUCCCGUUGUAUUACAAAGGGUUUGAGGUUGACAAAUGUAACUAUAAUUUGCCGUUAAAUAAGCUUGUAACAGUGAUAAAAUAUAUUGACAUAAAACAGAAUGAAUUGAAAUCUGCAUCCGAUGAAUUGGAAAAAUUCGUCGCCUCGGUGUAUAAAACCAUAAAUAGUAUACAGACUUUGAUUGCUAUUAAUUCCGGAAGUGGUUCAAUUAAUUUGAAAGACAAAUACCCGCAUGUUAGUUUAUUACAAUCAAAGUAUAAAAACGAGGGAUUUGCUCUCAACAGUUUAGCUAAGCAAGUAAAAACACCUUAUGUUCUAAUUGCAAGGGGUGUAGAAUUCUUUACCAAUGAUUCUAGAUUAGAAAGGAUGGUCCGAGAACUAGAAAGCUUGAAUGUCGUCGCAGUAGGAGGGGCCUUUCGUUAUCCAAAUGGACAUUGGCAUAAAGGUUGCUAUCAGUUGAUGUAUAGAAACUACACUUUAAAGUAUAUUUCUGGAUACGACGAAUCGUUCCACGAGUGCCUGUUCUGUGAUUAUAUACAAGGACCUUUCUUAACUACUUCUAAAUAUUUGAAAAGUAAUGUAUUCGGUGAUUAUAAUGAAAACAAUGGGCUGUAUGAAGACUGGUUUCUUAAGAUUUUCAAAAAGAGAGAAGAAACAGUGGUAUGUCCUGAUUCAAUGUUUCAUAUGCGAAGCCAAGAUGGCGUGAAAUCUGAUCCCAUGACCGGCUUUUUGCAGAAGUGGGACUUGUUUAAAAUGGUUACAGCGGAAGGAAGAACACUAGUUAGAGAUUGUAGAAAUCAGAGAAUUCAAGGUAGAAAGUCACUUGCAUUAUCACCAUGUGCUUUGAGAUCAAACAACGAAGCUGUAAAAACUGUCAUGCGGAAAUGCGCAGAAGUUGGAAUAACUUGUGAAUUACAGGAGGGCACGGCGCUUGGAGCAGCCAAGUUCGGAAGAUCUCUGCCUUGGGAAUUAGAUUAUGAUAUAAGGUUUUCGUUUGAAAGUUGUUCCAAAUGCAAACAAUUAGAGCAAGCAUUUACAAAAGCAAAUAUAAAAUUUGCCACUUUUGCAUCAGAUUGUUGUACUAAAAAGCUUAAGUUAGGGGAUAGAAUAAAUUACAAAGUAACAGUAAAUGGAUACAAGGGUGAUUUUACAGGUCAUCCCCUAUUGGGAAGUGAUGACCCUGUCAGGGAUGGUUUAGAAUCUACAAAAGUGCUCUAUGACGGACAAUGGGUAAAUUUUGCUCGGAAUCCAGGACUAUUUGUGCGAAACAGAUAUGGUAAAGAAAUGUACCGCCAUGCUGAGCACUGGAUGUUUAGUGGUGUUAAAGGGGCUCAUCACAGGUUUGACUAUCCAACAAAUAUAUUCCAACGUUGUACUUCACCAGGUGCUCACAACUGCUUGGAUAGGUUCAAUGCUGAUGGAAAUUUACAAUUUACAGAAUUACUCCCAUAGCGAAACACAAAUAAACUUACAUGUAGUAUAGAAUCUUUUUGUUAUUUUAGUUUGUAGAUAUAUUACUUAUGAACAUGUUAUUGAAAGUUAAGUACCACUUUGUUUUUCGUAUAUUAAAAAAGAAACAAACUAGCGACUAAAUGAGUUAAACGUAAAUAAAAAUCUUAUUAACUCCCCCUGCUUAUUUUGGAAUUUUGGUUAUACCUUUGAGCAAAACUAAAUAAUGAUUACAAUGUAGGUUAGCACAAUUUAUUCCAAAUAUCCAUGUUCUUUAACCAAGACUUAAAGUGUUAACGUGAUACUAUUAAUACAAAAAAUUAAACUAAAUCUGAUGCUCAAGGCAAUUUUUUAAAGUAUAUCUCCAAGGCUUCGCAGGGAUAAAUUUUAUGCAAUUUACUAGUAAGGAAAAUUCUAUAUUUGUUUCUUACGAAGUAUUUAUUACAUUUCUUUUAAGCACAUGCCGAUAGAACACUCUUUCGUUAAGUUUCGGUCGCCAUGUUUCACCCUCUUGUUAAUCAUUGUUAAACGUUAAUGAAAUUUCUAAUGGAUAAUUGGAAUUAAAUGUACUUACCCCACAUGCAAUCGUUUGCUAGUUUUACUGAAAGUUAUCACAUUAAUUCUAAAAUAUUCGAUGCGGUUUAUAAGUUUUGUUCAGUGUAUUUUGCUUAGGUAGGGACUAAGAUCUAUUAAUGAUAAAAGAUUUGUGCACGUAUGGAUUGAAUAAAAAAUAAAACAAAAAUAAAAUUGCUGUACUUCACGCAAAUUGUGUUUGUGAUUUGUGUCUAUAAAAGAAAUAUAUAACGAUCUACGGGUAUUAUAAUCAAAUACCUCGAGGUCGAUUAAAAGCGAACAAAAUAUUGAAAAAUAAUAGGAUCGCAUAAUGUUAAUUCAAAUUCAGUAAAUAAUGAAAAAAAAAUGAAAUAAAUAAGGGCACAAACAAGAAUAUAUAAGGGUAUUUAAAGACAGGUACUGAGAUUUGUUUUGGGUGUUAUUCUGUCAAAUAAAUGUGGUACUCAAGCUACAUAAUAACAUUAAUUGUUUUAGGCUGACUGAGGGUUUCAAUUUUACAUAUAUUGUUAUGUCAAAAUAUCAUGCUUUGGUUACUCGAUUGACUGUCAUCUUAUGUCAGAGAACAUAGCUAUUUCGUUCCAUAUAAAUUCAACCAUGUGCCAUGUAAUUUUGUCAUACACCAAAUGACAUGCAUUUAUGUAAUUUUGUCAAACAAUCGGGAAAUCGACUUAUUCUGCCAAUAAUCAAUGAAACAUGCUAUUUUGUUAAAUAAAUGUUCAAUAAAACAAGUUAUGUUGUCAAACGCUGAAUUAAUCAUAUAAUUUCACAAUAAUCUGAUAAGACGACAUAUUCCGUGGAUGCGUAGAG